CCCUUUCCCCUUCACUUUCUUCUUUAGGGUUUUUGGCAGAAAUGGCGACUCGUUAUCUAACUCGUUCUCUACUCAGUACUCUCUCUCGCUCAUACACUCCUCUUUCUCUCUCUACACCUCUUCCAUCUUCUUUCUCUCUCCUCCGCCUUCGUCCUCUGAUCGCCGUAGCAGCCAAUCUCCGAACCUUCUCUCCGGCGACGCCGACGGUGGCGACGUCGUUGCGAGGUUUCGCGACUCGCCAAACGUCGUCGUCGUUGAAUGACCCGAACCCGAACUGGUCUAACCGUCCACCGAAGGAGACGAUUCUGCUUGAUGGAUGUGAUUUUGAGCACUGGCUUGUUGUGAUGGAGAAGCCUGAAGGUGAUCCUACAAGAGAUGAGAUUAUCGAUAGUUACAUCAAAACCCUUGCUACGAUUGUCGGAAGUGAGGAAGAAGCAAGAAUGAAGAUCUACUCUGUCUCGACAAGACAUUACUAUGCAUUUGGAGCUCUUGUAUCGGAAGAACUUUCUUACAAGCUAAAAGAAUUGCCGAAGGUUAGAUGGGUGCUUCCUGAUUCCUACCUGGACGUUAAAAAUAAAGAUUAUGGAGGGGAACCUUUUAUCAAUGGACAGGCUGUACCAUAUGACCCAAAAUACCACGAGGAGUGGGUGAGAAACAAUGCCCGAGCUAAUGAGAGAAACAGACGGAAUGACCGACCUCGUAACUUUGAUAGGUCCCGAAAUUUUGAGAGAAGAAGAGAGAUGCAGAACCCUGGAUCCAACAUGGGUGGUGGACCUCCCAAUAUGAGGAAUGCGUCACCCCCCAACAUGGGAGGGAUGCAGCAGCAGCAGCCCAACAUUGGCGGGAUGCAGCAGCAGCCCAACAUUGGCGGGAUGCAGCAGCCCAACAUGGGAGGGAUGCAGCAGCAGCCCAACAUUGGCGGGAUGCAGCAGCCCAACAUGGGAGGGAUGCAGCAGCAGCCCAACAUUGGCGGGAUGCAGCAGCCCAACAUGGGAGGGCCACCCAACAUGCAGCCCAACAUGGGAGGUGCACCGCAUAACUAUGGUGGAGGGCCUCCCAGAAACUAUGGUGGAGCGCCUCCCAAUAACUAUGGUGGAGCACCAAACAAUCCAACCAAUUUUCAAUACAAUGGUGGAUCAAACAAUGGGGGCAUGCCUUACCAAACAGGUCCUGGGCCAAACCAGAACUAUGCAUCAAAUACAUCUGGUGGAAACCAUUAUCAGAACCCAAAUAUGCCUCCAAAUCAGAACUAUGCUCCGAAUACGUCUGGUGGAAACCCUCAACAGAAUCAAAACAUAUCUGGAAGAGAUCCAAAUUAUCAAUAGGCGAUUGUAGAUAAGUAUGUAAUGUUUGCAUCUUUGGACGGGUCUAAGCGAUAAUUGCAGGUAACAUUUGCAUCUUCGGACUAUUUACACUAUUAUGGCUACAGAUGUUUUCAAGGCGACAAUGGAGAUCUCUUUUUGUUAGAAAGCCUUAACCAGCCCUUAUGUAGAUGGCCUAUUAGAAUGCCCUAUGUUACACUUGUAUUUGCCCUUGCCAUUAACGGAGCGCCAUUGUAACUUGAUCUAUGAGAUGCCUUUCUGUUUUUAUGCAAUGGAUUAAGAAACUAAAAGGCACUAGGCCAACAGUUAUAAUACUUAUUAUUAAGAGUGCUCGAGGUUGAGAGUUCUGUGAAUGAAGAGCAUGACGACGAACAACUUAUGUUGCUCGGACUCUUGAAAAGCA